AUGGCUUAUUUCAAAGAGCUAGAUGAGGUAGUUGAUGAGGAUGGUGUAGUUCAGACUAAUAGUAGGCAGUGUCGGGUUGGACCAACAACUGAUGUAGAUUGGAACAAUGCAACAGUGUUUGUGAGGUUUUUGAAGGUGUUUUAUGAGGUGACCUUAAAGGAGAUUGACAAGUUGUUUGUGGCACCUGAAUUUGCCACUGGUUCAGAUGUAGAGAAAGUGUUGAUUGACAUGGCUGGAGCUAUGAGAACAAAAGACAAUAAGUAUUUUGUCAAAUAUCAAGAUUUGAACAUGUUGGUGUUGAUUGCACUUGUUUUAGAUCCAAGGUUCAAGUUGAGGCAUAUCACCCAUCUCUUUAAAAAGGAAAAUUUUGAUGAGGAUGAUGUGCAAAUAAAGACAAGAGAAGUGAAAAGUGUGUUAAUGGCCCUCUAUGAUGAGUAUGUACCAAAGGUAGAUGGUGGCAUUCACAUGAGACAGAAUUCUACCAUAGAAAAUGUAGGAUCUGCAAGUGGUAGUAAUAAUAUGGUUGGAGAAAGUGUUGGAGAUGAUUGGAUUAGGGAGGUGGAAGAGAGUGAUUCUUACUUGGCAGAUCCUUUGGCAUUUGUUUCCAAAGAUGCAUUUUUUGACAUAUUGAUGUGGUGGAAACUCAAUGGGCCCAAGUAUCCUGUCUUAGCAGCAAUUGCGAAGGAUGUCCUUUCAAUUCAAACUUCCACAGUGGCAUAUAAGAGUUGUUUUAGCAAUGGUGGCAAAGUCAUAGAUGCAUUUAGGAGUAAAUUAACUCCUAGAUCAAUGGAGGCUUUCAUAUGCAUGCAAAAUUGGUUGAGAGGGGAUGAAAUUUCAAGCUUGGAAGAUACACCUUCGAUUGUAGAAUUUGAAUUUUAUGAAACCAUUGAAGAAUAUGCAAAUGAUGGAGAUACUUGA